AUGGCUAGGGGGAAGAAACCAGUUGCUCGGCCUCAUCCAACUGCUUCAGGGCUUGAAGAUUCUUCAACUGCAACCUCACCUUCUGCUCCUCUUCAAAUUGAAGCUCCAGCCACUUCAAGCCAGCAAGCUCCUGUAAAUGAUGAAGCUCCUGCAACUCAAGCAAGUUCUGCAACUCCAAGUGAUUCUGCUAAUCCGGUUAGUUCUGCUAAACGUAGUUUUGUUUGGGAACAUUUUAAGGAGUAUGACAAGAUUGAGAAGGGUAAAGAUGCUGAAGGGAAUGAGAUAGACAUUGUUAAAAAAAGAGCUCACUGUAUUUACUGUCCUAGAGGGAAAAUUGGAGACUUUGCAGUGGAUAGUUCUAAGAAUGGGACUUCGGGGAUGAUUAGGCAUAUUAAUCAAUUUUGUAGGUACUAUCCACCUAAUAUUAGCAAGACUCAGAGGGUUCUUGUAGGUGAUAAGUCUCAGGGAAACAAGCUAACUGCAGUAGCUUAUGAUCAAGAUGACUAUCUAGAAGCUUGUGUAGAAAUGAUUGUCAUAGAUGAGUUGCCCUUUACCUUUGUUGAGAAGAAAGGUUUUAAUCGGUUUUGUACUAGAGUGUGCCCUCUGUUUAAAGUACCCUCUCGUAGGAAACUAGUUACAAACUUUCUAAGAAUGUAUGAUGCACAGAAAAAAGAAUUAAUCAAGAUUUUGAAGGCUUACAGGGUGUGUCUUACAACAGACACUUGGACUAGUGUGCAAAACAUUAACUAUAUGGUGCUUACUGCCCAUUUCGUUGAUGUUGAUUGGAAAAUGCACAAGAGGGUUAUAAACUUUUGUGUUAUCCAAAAUCAUCAAGGGGCAACCAUAGGCAGGCUUAUAGAGUCAUGUUUACUGCAGUGGGAGAUUGAGAGAGUUUUAACCAUCACUGUCGAUAAUGCAUCUGCCAAUAAGUCAGCUUUACAGUGGCUUAUAUCAAAGAUGAACAAAUCUGAAGGUUACAAACCAGUUUUAGGUGGUAAAUACAUGCAUGUGAGAUGCACAGCCCACAUAACCAAUCUGAUUGUGGGACAUGGCUUGAAGAGGCUGCAAAAGAGUGUUUUAGCCAUUGGGAAUGUUGUCAAGUAUGUUAGGUCUUCACCUAAUCGACUAGAUAGUUUUCGAAAAGCUGUGGAAAGGGUAAAGCUUCCUCUUAAAGGGCUGGUUUGUCUUGAUGUCCCAACAAGAUGGAAUUCAACUUAUCUAAUGUUGGAGGCAGCCUUAAAAUUCAAGAAAGCUUUUGUUAGGAUGGAGGAAGAUGAGGAUCAGCUGUAUCUAGGUUAUUUUAAGGAACCAGAAGAGGAGUAUGAUGAGGAGGGCAAUCUGAUUCCUAGUACUAACAAGAGAAACAGAGUUGGACCACCUGCAAAAUCAGAUUGGGAAAAGGCUGAGAUUUUUGUUGAUCUACUUAGAGUUUUUUACGACGUGACGCUGCGAGUUAGUGCAAGCUUGCAUCCAACUGUGCAUACGACAUUUCAUGAUGUCGUAACAAUGGAGAAAAACAUCAACAGCCUAUUCCUUGAACCUGAGAUAGCAACUGGUUCCGAUACAGAAAAGGUUUUAACCGAUAUGGCUGCAAAUAUGAAAUCUAGGUUUUUGAAAUACUAUGGCAGCUUUCAAGACCUCAACCACUUGGUUAUUAUCGGACUUGUACUCGAUGCAAGGUUCAAGCUUAGGAAUUACACACAUUCCUUGAAGGAAGAGGGUUUGGAUGACUUUGAUGUGCAACAUAGAACUGAUGAGAUUAAAUCUCUAUUGAUGGCACUAUACGAUGAGUAUGCACCAACAGUAGAUGGUGGCAGACAUAUGCGCAGGCAUCCAAGCCCUACAAGUUCAAGCAGCACAAUCACUAGUAGCCGAAGUAAUCCUAGGAAAGGUGUGAGGGGUCAGAUGCUAAACAAUUGGAAAAAGGUGGUCCAAGAGAGUGAUGAGGCUGUCAUGGUACAUGAAGUGGAUCAGUAUUUGAAUGCUCCCCUUGAAUUUGUUGAUGAUGAGGAAGAGGAUUUCGACAUAUUGUGUUGGUGGAAGAUAAAUGGUCCUAAGUUCCCUGUUAUGGCAGCAAUAGCAAGAGAUGUACUUGCCAUUCAAACAUCCACAGUAGCAUCAGAGUCUUCUUUUAGCACCGGAGGCAGAGUGAUUGAUACAUUUAGGAGUUCAUUGACUCCUAAAUCAGUGGAGGGUUUAAUAUGCAUGCAGAAUUGGUUGUUGGGAGAUGAUAUUGCUCAAGUGGUAGAUGAGGAGCCUUCCAUUGAAAACACCGAGUUCUAUGAACAAGCUGAAUUAGAUUAUGAGAGCAGUGCAUCAAGCAGGAACACACGUCCAAGUGGUCCAACAAUCCCAAGGGCAAAAUCGAAGGGAAAGGCUGCAGCCCCUAUUUCUAUUGACUAG